ACAAAGGUGAUACUAUUUUCUGGAUCCGUAGAAAGCAAUCCAAUCUCCCAUGAUGACUUCCAGCCUGGUAAUGCUGAAAAACUGCCGCUGCUGUCUGGUUGCGGAUGAUGAAAUGUUUUACGUGUUCGAAGUGGCGAGCGAGUUUGGUGGUCAGAUUGCCGAGUUGAUUGCAAACUGUGCCGGAGUUGUGAUUACUGAAACCGAUUGCUACUCCAAACUUAUUUGUGGCCGAUGCCUUAAAGAUCUGCACGUCGCCACACGAUUCCGCAAACGUUGCCUUGAAACGGAGCUCGCGUUUGAAAAUAUUCAGCAAAUUCACGACAUUCAGGAACCAAUAGUGAAACUCGAGGAACCUUGCGACGCUGAGGAACUCUCUUUUCCGGACAAUCCAAUCACCCAACCCACUCUGAUUAAACAGGAAACGGCUGAGGUCGUUCAGCGUUUAGAGGAAUCCAAGAGUAACCCGGCUCUUCUAAUUAGCUCUGUUGCAGAACGCCCAACGAACAUUCCAUCUCUGAUGCACUCGGUAGCCGAUAUAACUCCAUUACCCACCCUGACCAGAAAACCGCCUGCAGUACUGCAAAGUCUUGGUUUGAAACGCACGUGCAGUAAGAUCGUUACAAUCACCGUUGAUAAUACCUCAGUUCAGGAAUUUCAACAAUCUGAUCAACAUACUUCAAGAUCGCCAGAGGAAAGAUUCGAGAACAGCGAUACUCACGACAGUACAGCGACCACGAGCAACCACCAACAGACCGAUGCUAUGCACAAAUGUGAUUUGUGCGAAAAACAGUUCUCUACCGUUGCCAAUCUCACGAAGCAUCAAAAACAAAACCAUGACCGAGUACGAUUGUUCAAAUGUGAUAUUUGCGAACGAGAAUUUUACACGGUUCACCAUAUGACCAAGCACAAGCGAACCCACUUCGAUGAUCGCCCACACAUAUGCAACGUGUGUGGCAAAGGAUUCUUGGAGAACAGUCACCUCGAGUACCAUAAGCGAACACAUACCGGUGAACGCCCAUAUAAAUGUGAUCUCUGCAGUAAACAGUUCCUUCGAAGUAGUCAUCUCACACAGCAUCGGCGAAAACAUACCGACGGUCAGCAGCACAAAUGUGAGCUCUGCGGAAGAGGCUUUUCGGACAACACUGCAUUGAUGCGACAUAAGCGUAACCACACGGACGAACGGCCACACAAAUGUGAUUUCUGCGGUAAGCAAUUCCGCAGCAAUAGCUAUCUGAUGUUGCAUAGGCGUAUCCAUACCGGAGAGAAACCCCACGUUUGCAAGGUAUGCGGCAAAGCGUUUAUCGAGAAGAGCCAGCUGACACAACAUGUACGUAUUCACACGAGCGAGCGGCCGCACAUUUGUGAGAUAUGCGGCAAAGGGUUCAUUCAGGGCGGGCAUCUAGUGCAACAUAAGCGAAUUCAUCUUGUCGGGUGAAAGUUUGUCAAAU